AUGGAUUUCGCAUCUUUAAUGGCCAAGGAAAUCUCCAAAGCCAAAAGUCCCGCCACGCCCAGCUCAACAUCAUCAGGAUCAGAGCAAAAAGAACCCACCAAAGUCCCAGAAAAGAAAUACGUCCGACGCUCCGAACUCGAAGCCGCCAGGAUCGCCGCCUACAAUGCAGAACAGGAGCGCCUACAACGCGAACGCGAGGAGCGCCAGGCUCAGAAACGCAAACACGAAGAAGAAGAGGCAGAGCGGCGACGCGAACGCGAAGAGAAGAAACGGCGAUUAGCCGAGGAGUCCCGGAAGAAGCGAGAGGAGGAAGAGGCAGCAAAAGAGCGAGAGCGCAGGAAGAGACUGGGUCUACCUGAACUGCCACCCGCCGGCGAGAAGGACGAGUCGACUCUCGGAGAUGAAGAGGACAUACCGGACGAGGAGCUGAACCAGAAACUUCGCGACCUCAAGGAGCCUAUCUGUCUGUUUGGAGAGAACCAUGUCGCCCGACUGCGGCGAUACCGCCGUCUCGUGCGUCGGUCGAUGACACCUCAGCCGAAGCUGACGGACGGGCCUAUCCCGACUACCUUGGAACCUGUAUCGGAGGUGGACAUGAAGAUUCCAACCGCUCUCCCUAAGGACGCAGACGCCCGCAAGUUCUUGUUCCGGCAGUUGGCCUCGUACUUCAACAUGGUGCUGCUGGAGUGGGAGCGUGCUCUCGCAAGACGGGAUAUCUCGGUUAAGCAGAGUCUUACCGGUCGCCAGGCCUACAAUGCGAUGGUUCAGUCGAGGGAGAAUUUGAAGCCGCUCUUCCGGAAGUUCGAGAAGAAUGACGUAGACAAUAGCCUGUUGGAGCCCAUCAUGGAGAUCGUGCACAAGGCUCAAUUGAGGAGAUAUGUUGAUGCCAAUGACGCAUAUCUACGUGUGAGUAUUGGGAAAGCAGCUUGGCCCAUUGGUGUGACUAUGGUUGGUAUCCACGAGCGAUCAGCCCGAGAAAAGCUGCACCAGAGUGAUCAACAGGCACACAUUCUCAGUGAUGAAAUCACCCGAAAGUUCUUGCAGAGUAUCAAGCGCUGCUUAAGCUUUGCGCAGACCCGCUGGCCUCCAGAUGAUCAGUUGCAGAUUAUGGGUUAG